AUGAUCAAGAUUCUUUUCCUGAUAACGCUGUUCGUAACAGCAGCCGUAGCAGUACCAUUUUUUUCGGAAAACAAUGAUGAUACUCUUGCGCCUUUGAUAUCGUCUCCAGGUGCAGAAGUUGUUCCUGACCAAUACAUUGUGGUAUUCAAAGACGAAAUUGCCGAGGAAAGAGUAUCUUGCCAUCACCACGACAUUGGUGGCAUAGUGUUUGAGGAAAGAAAGAAAUUGAAGCGACGAGGAUUUAUGGCUGACUUUAUUUCUGGAAUUAAGCACACUUACAAUAUCGGGAGUUUUAAAGGAUAUGCCGGCAAAUUCUCCCAUGAAGUUUUACACAAGAUCAGACAAAGCGAAGAUGUUGCAUACGUCGAAAAAGACCAAGUAGUUCGUGUGGGCGCAACUGAACCUGAUGCACCAUGGGGUUUGGCUCGCAUCUCUCAUCGUGGACGCGACGGGCCGAACAUAUACGAGUAUGAUUCAACUGCCGGCGAGGGUGUCACUGUAUAUGUAAUUGACACUGGAAUCUACAUCAACCAUACCGACUUUGGUGGUCGUGCCGAAUGGGGUGUUACUAUACCGGCAAAUACACCCGAUACCGAUGACAAUGGACAUGGAACACAUGUUUCUGGCACUAUCGCUGGAACUCGGUACGGCGUCGCUAAAAAUGCUAGACUUGUUGCUAUCAGGGUUUUCGACGCGAACGGGGUUGGAUUCAACAGCGAUGUAAUCAAAGGGAUAGACUGGGCUGUGACAGCACACAAUAGCCGAUCUGCGGAAGCCAGAAGAACAGGAGAAGUAUUCAAAGGAUCAGUUAUUAAUAUGAGUUUGAGAAGUGAUGCAGAUACUGCUGUCGACGCUGCUACUAAUGCGGCCGUCGACAAAGGAGUUGUUGUAGCUGUAGCUGCAGGCAACGAUGAUGACGACGCUUGUACCAAAUCACCUGCUCGCGCUGCAAAUGCAAUCACCGUUGGUGCUACUGGCGCUGACGAUACGAGAGCUUAUUUCUCAAAUUGGGGUCAAUGCCUCACGAUUUUUGCUCCUGGCGUAAACGUCUUGUCAGCUUAUAUUGGCAGUCCCGAUGCCACGAGAAUACUCCAGGGCACUUCUAUGGCAUCUCCUCAUGUAGCUGGGCUUUCAGCUUAUAUACUCGGUUUAACUUCGUCACCGUUAACUCCAACGCAAGUAAAAGACAGAAUCCUCUUUUGGGGCACACGAGGUAUUCUCAACGACGUCGGAACAGAUAGUCCAAAUCUUUUGGCAUUCAAUGGUUACAACCUAGGUAUACCAAUUUGA